CUGUAUAGUGAGCAACUCAGAUUGUGGUUUUUCUCAUCCAUAAGCUCUUCAAUAACCCCGGAGAACACUAAGAUGGAUUUGGUGUAUGUGUUGUGCUUGGUGCUGAGCAUCUGCGCCUGCUUCACGUCAGCGGACAGACACAGCGUCUACUGGAACAGCUCUAACCCCAACUUCCUGUGGGAUGACUACACGGUGGAAGUUCGUAUCAACGACUAUCUGGACAUCAUCUGCCCCCACUACGCCCACGGCGAGGUGUCACAGCAUGCUGCUGAGCGCUAUGUGCUGUACAUGGUGGAGAAGGAGGACUAUGACGUCUGCAAGCCUCACUCCUUCGACCAGCUGAGGUGGGAGUGCUCCAGGCCCUUUGCUCAACAUGCGCCAGAAAAAUUCUCCGAAAAGUUCCAGCGCUUCACUCCAUUCACUUUGGGAAAAGAGUUCAGACAAGGAGAGAGCUACUACUACAUCUCAAAGCCGAUGCAUCAUCACGGCCAGGAUUGUCUCCGUCUGAAAGUGGACGUGGCCGGCCAUAAAGGAUCUGGGAAGACUCUGGUGGACAAAUCCAAAGCUGAGGAGACAGGAAAAACCUUCGAGCUCGGCAAAGGGAAGUUCCCCGCGGCGGGAGGGGUCCACAAUCCCUCCAACAGGCUCCCUGCAGAUGACCCGACUGUGAUGGAGCCGAAGGUUCAGAGGAGCAUCGGCAGCUCAGGAUCGCAGCUGGUCUCCCUCUCGCUCUUCCUCACACUUGCCCUGGUGUUGUUAGCGCACGUGCUUCACUAAAGCAUCGGUGGGACCCAAGGCUGGCCUCGGGUGGACAUUCACAGACUUUUUUAUAAAGUGCUCGAGUGUGUUUUGGAGUGAAUGAGGGGCGUGGAUCGCUCCUAAGAAGAAAAAAAGGACCUCAAAGACUUUUUUUGUAACUUAAUGAUGAGAAUUCUCAUGUUGACCAUUGAAACGCACAAAUGACUCUCUGUCAUUAUGCCGGAAAGCAAACUGAAGGAAGGUGGAUCUGAAAUAGCACCGGCGCAUCUAUGAAAGUACAUUUUUCAAGUAGGUUACGUUCACAUUAAAGCUCUUUUUUUCCCUCCCAAGACGUUUUGUAAAAACAUUUUUAUUGCUCAUACAAGUCCAUUUGUCAUCAUACUUUCCACUUUACCACUAAUUUAUUUUUGACUUAUAUUACAGCUGAUAUCAACUCUUAAAGCACACUGAGCUAAAUCAGCUCAAGCUAUGGCUGACAGUGACAAAUAUGAAAAAACAAUUACAAGUCUAAGUUUUAAUGUGAACGUUUCCUCUCAGAGGUUUCCAGAGAAGCUUUGUGUUUUUCUGUGUGAAAUUGUUGACAGCUACUGCCAAAGUGAAUUAGAGCCCAUGAAAUUAAUGUGAUGCCGAACGGGACUACACUUUCAAUACAAACACUGCUGUGAUCUGAACAUCAAAUUGAGCACAAAGUCAUUAUUCAGUAUUUGAUACAUUUGCUUAUAAGAGUGUAAAUCAAUCAGAAUCAUGAGUGACGCUGAUAAAGCCACUAACACGCUGAUGAAAACAUAUAAUGAUGGAAUGGAUGUUAACCUCACUUGUGUUGUUUGAAUCUACUGACUGGACCAUGUAACGGUACACUGGUUGAUGUUUUCAGAUGUGGUCCAACAUUGUCAAACGUCAUACCUAACAGUUUGACCUUUCUACUCAUGCUUGUGUCAUUGUAUAAAUGUAAAUAUGUAUAUUUGUAAAUAGAGAGAAGUUAUGAGAAACUCUUGUUUUAAAGAUUCUUGAGAAUUCA